AUCACUGUCACCAUCUCAAGAACGUAAACAAAAUUUAACAAAUUAAAAAUUUAUACAAAGUUCAUGGAAAAAAACUAAUUUUAAAUUUACAAUCAAUAAUUCAUUUUAAUUAAAACAUCAUGGACUACGAUUUCAAAAUGAAAACCCAAAUGGAAAGAACCAAAGUAGAAGAUUUAUUCAACUACGAAGGUUGCAAAGUCGGUCGAGGUACCUACGGGCAUGUAUAUAAAGCAAAGAGAAAAGAUGCCAGCGAUGGAAAGGAAUACGCCUUGAAGCAAAUCGAUGGAACUGGUUUGUCCAUGUCCGCGUGUCGUGAAAUUGCAUUACUACGUGAAUUGAAGCAUUCGAAUGUGAUCACUUUGAUUCGGGUGUUUCUGUCUCACAACGAUCGAAAAGUGUUCCUUUUGAUUGACUAUGCCGAACAUGAUCUUUGGCACAUCAUUAAAUUCCAUAGAGCUGCCAAAGCAGCCAAAAAGCAAGUUGUAGUUCCUCGGGGAAUGGUUAAGAGUUUGCUGUAUCAGAUUCUCGAUGGAAUUCACUACUUACAUAGCAAUUGGGUUCUUCAUCGGGAUUUGAAACCAGCAAAUAUUUUGGUUAUGGGCGAUGGAAACGAACGUGGACGUGUUAAAAUUGCCGAUAUGGGUUUUGCACGGCUUUUUAAUGCACCACUUAAGCCAUUGGCCGAUUUGGAUCCGGUGGUGGUUACAUUUUGGUACCGCGCACCAGAGUUGCUUCUGGGCGCACGUCAUUACACCAAAGCCAUUGACAUCUGGGCCAUCGGAUGCAUCUUCGCUGAACUUCUCACCUCAGAGCCAAUAUUCCACUGUCGCCAAGAAGAUAUAAAGACUUCCAAUCCCUAUCAUCACGAUCAGUUAGAUCGGAUUUUCAAUGUGAUGGGAUUUCCACAAGACAAAGACUGGGAGGACAUCAAAAAGAUGCCGGAACAUCACACCCUGAUCAAGGACUUCAAACGUUCAAGUUAUUCUAAUUGCUCCCUGGCCAAAUACAUGGAGCGCCAUAAGAUCAAACCCGAAAGUAAAGCGUUCCAUUUGCUGCAAAAACUCCUGUUGAUGGAUCCAAAUAGGCGUAUCACUUCGGAGCAAGCCAUGCAGGAUCCCUAUUUCCAAGAGGAUCCCGUUCCCACCCAAGACGUCUUUGCCGGUUGCCCAAUUCCCUAUCCAAAACGUGAAUUCCUUACCGAUGACGAUCAGGAAGAUAAAUCUGAUAACAAACGACAACAGCAGCAACAACAACAGCAGCAACAGCAACAACAACAGCAGCAGCAACAACAGCAGCAGCAACAACAACAGCAGCAACAGCAACAACAACAACAGCAGCAACAACAAGCAAAUCAACAUCAUGAACCGAAUAGUAAGAGAGUUCGGUUAUCCGGACCUGGACAACAGCAAGGCCAAGUAAAUCAGGGACAAGAAUUCCAUCAUCAGACUUCACAACAGAUGAUGUUCAAUCAGCAGCAGAAUAAUUUUCAGCGUUUUUAAACACGCCACGAAGGUUAUCAUCCUCGUAUAGUAUUUUAUUUGAACUAAUGUUAAAAUAUGCCUUGUAGGCAUUUUUAGAGUUAAAUGAUAAUAAAGUUAUUUUAUAAGACACAUGAAA